GGUCCCCCCAGAUCACCGUUUACAAGUCAUUCUAGAUAGAACGCCAACUGCCGACUCCAUGUCAGUGUUGUUUCGUGCAGUUACGGGAGCGAGAGCGCAGACAUACGUCAGCGCUGCCAGCGUGGAAUACGACGCAGUUACCAUCCAGGAAGUAAACUCACUGCUGCUCAGCGAAAGGACAGUGAAGAAAAACUAAGGUAUCCAAGAUAAUUGGCGAAGUGGUUAAUUUGGAAGCGUCUAUCGGUCUUCACUGCAGGCCUCACUGACAGUAACAGUCCCUGUUCGCUGGUUUCGAAAAGCAUGGAGCAGCCCCUUGAAAACAUAACGGUCGACCCCAUGCUAGCAGAGAUGGGGCGAAAUCUAAACGAUGCCAUGAAGAUUCUUGAAAAUGGUCAAAAGGAGGUAGAACAAGACUCAGGCCAACGGCGACUCAGCUGGAGAGAUUUCCCAGGACCACUGCAGGGAGAAGGUCAGGAUGUUGCCAGUAUUCUCCAGCUGGUGCAGAAUCUAAUGCAUGAUGAUGAAGACAAGCAGGGUCAUCGCAGGAUGCAGUACGUGGGAGAGCAGGGUCACAUGGCCCUGUUGGGGCACAGCCUGGCCGCCUACAUCUCAGUCCUAGACCGCGACCGACUCCGGAAGUUGACCACACGAAUCCUGUCCGACACCACCCUCUGGCUCUGCAGGCUAUUCAGGUAUGAGAAUGGCACUGCAUAUUACCAUGAGGAUGACCGUGAGGGUCUGGUGAAGGUGUGUCGCCUGGUGAUAAACGCUCAGUAUGAAGAAUAUUCCACAGAGGGCUUCACGGUCCUCAGCUCCAAACAGCCGGUCAUCUAUCAGAGCGCCGCCUGCAGACCAGGGCUGGGACAGCACCUUUGCAGCCAGCUUGGUCUGCCUCUCUCCAGCCUUUGCACUGUACCCUGCAACACCAUGUUUGGAUCCCAGCACCAAAUAGAUGUGGCCUUGUUGGACAAGCUUAUCAAAGACGAUGUGGACACAGGGAAGUUCCCUCUGCUGUUGAUAGCCAACGCAGGAACUCCUGGGGCGGGACACACAGAUAAACUGAGCCGGCUGAAAGAGCUUUGUGUCCAGUACAACAUAUGGCUUCAUGUUGAGGGGGUCAAUCUGGCGAUGCUGGCUUUGGGUCAUGUCGCAUCUCCAGUCAUGGCAGCCACCAAGAGUGACAGUAUGACCCUGACUUUAGGUCCAUGGCUUGGGCUGCCUGCUGUGCCGGCUGUCACACUUUAUAGACAUGAAGACCCAGCUCUGUCUCUAGCUGCGGGACUGACCUCUAGCCAGCCAGUGGAGAAGCUCCGAUCCCUGCCCCUCUGGCUGUCCCUGCAGUACUUGGGGCAUGAUGGGAUAGUGGAGAGGAUUAAGACUGCCACACAGCUCAGUCAACAGCUGCUGGAGCAUCUCAAGACACUCGCCUCCAUUAAGACCUCAACUGUGGUGUCUCACUCACGGCUCCCCCUGCUGGCUGGGAGUUCUCUCCGGGAUGUCCUGGGCUCUCUCAUUCUGUCCAUUGUGGAGGAUGAGCUGAACUCUCCAGUGGUGGUGUUCAGGUUCUCUCAGGACACCAGUGCGGCAUCCAGUGGUGGAUCUGUGGAGGGCUAUUUCCCUGGGGAGAAAGAAGUGCUGGAUGCUCUCAACAGAUGGCUUGGAGAGCAGUUGGCACAGCUGGUGCCGUCCAGUGGGGUAGAUGUGGUGGAGUUGGAAGAAGAGGGCACCUGUGUCCGCUUCAACCCACUCAUGACUGCCGCAGUGCUGGGGACGCAAGAGUCUGACAUCAAGGCUCUGGUGGAAAAGUUGACAGACAUGGUGCCUCUUCUGAGCAGCACACUGCGCUUCAGGCAGGACUUCAGGGAGGAGGUCUACCACCACAACGCCCUCACCUACAUAGAGGACCUCAGCUGGCCGGGCCUGGGGGUCAUAAGAUAUGAACCUAGAUGUGAGCAAGAUGAUGAUGACAGUAAGAGGAAACAGGAUGUGGAGAAGAUCAACGAAGACUUGCUGAAAAAACUGAAGGAGUUAGAUGCAGACAUCUGCUUCUCCACUGGUCCUGAGUUUGCCACCGAGACAAACUGUAUAUAUGUUGGGUUGGCGACUGAGGAUCUUGAUGUGGCAGAGUUGUUGGAAACCAUUGCUGCAAGUGGGAGGGACCUUGAAGAAAAUGGCAAGUUGCUAGAGAAUAUGACGGAGGUGGUGCGGAAAGGCAUCCUGGAGGCAGAGUUACAAAUACUGAAAGCUAAUGAAGAAAAACUCAUGGAGGAGGGAGUCCUGAGGCAGAUUCCCCUGGUAGGCUCUGUGCUCAACUGGUUCUCUCCCUCUCAGAAUUCCAUCAAAGGCCAAACCUUCAGUUUAGUUGCAGGUUCCCUGGACACCACAGAAUCCACUUACUCUAUGAAAACUCAGACGGGGGCCACACCUGACACCCCCACCUCUACCGCUAAACGCCUGCCCGGGCAAAAGUUGUUCAGGCGGUCGGCAGCCGGCUCCGACACCUCCAGUGAAACUAGUUCAGUGGGUCAAGUGGAGGAGGUACCUCGAGAAACUACCCCACUGCCCCCUGCCUCAGAGGAAGGGGUAACAGAACCUCCCCAGGAAGAACUCGCCUCCUCCGAUCCUUCCCCUCCUGAAAUCCAACGUCAGCCUGAUGGACAGGAGUCAGAGGAGGUCGACACCAUGAGAUAAAACAUUUUAAAAUGGAGAAAAAAAAUGUUUUGUAGGUCCCUUUGGACCCACAAACAGAGAAGUAGAAGUAGUGUAGACAGAGAUCAGCACCUUAAUACCUGGAGCCAAAUUGACAUCAACCCAUCUUGCUGAUAUGCAAACAAACAAAUUGAACAGAUAUGAGAUUUCAAUGCUACACUGUAAAUAUAAAUGCAUACAAUUAUAUUCACUCCACUGUUUGUGGUCUUAGCUAGAAGGACACAUUUUAGGAAGAGAUCUAAAAAAAAUUCUGUCUGUGAUUUAUAGAUGUUCAGAAAACACAAAGAUAUAACGCCAUAGACUCCUGAUCACUCUCGAGACGGGCAUGGCCCUUGAUGUCUCUAUACAUGAAGCCCAUACUCACACUCCCGUCCCUUCAUCUCAGGUGCCUGAGAAUUUUCUGUUAUGACAUGUAUAGGUUCAUUGUAUACAUAACCAAAGGGCUAUUGUGGCCUUACCUUCAUAAUCAAAGACUUGUAUGCAUUUUUCAUGUUUCUACUGUCUACUCUAAUUACUGCAUAGGCUUUACUGUACAUUAAAUAGAUACGGUGAUGAGACUAAUGCUUCGAGACUAAUGCAGAUAUUUUUAACAAAAGAAAGAGAAAAUAGCCUUAUUGCACUAGUUUGUACAGAAUGUCUUAAUUUAAUCAGGAUGUUUUAAUUAUUUAUUUAUUGUUAUACAAAAUUUGCUAAAUUCAGGAGAAAAAAAAAUAAUACACAACUUUUUUUGUUAUAAAAUAGUAGUUAUCCAUAGAGGAUGUUAUGUAAUGAUAGCAUCCAGUCAACACUCGUGUUUUCCACAGACUUGUGAUUGUGAUACAACGCUCACUGUGAAGUCAAAUUAUAUUAGUGUAUUUUUAUAAUGAUAUGUUUGUGAAUGCCAUGUUUGAGUGAGUUAGAGUACAAAGACCAACAUUAUUCAACAGUUCUUCACUCCAUCAUAUUGUCGGUCAUUUUCUAAGCUAUUCAUCGAAACUGACACUAGAUCCCCAAAUGGUAUACAGUUACAUUUUGAUGUCAUUCAUGUGACAACCUUUACUUUUCAAGUUGUAACGUUCAUUGAAGGAACAGUGAAUUAAUUCACGGUAAUAUAUUCUGACCAGCUGUUUUUUUUUUCAAUAAUUUUCUCACAUAAUCCAACAGAUUAAUUGUUUGUCACCAAGUCCAUUCUUUCAUGUUACCUAACUCAUCUUUUUUAUGUUAUACUUUUCUCUCUGGUGCAAUAAAUAACUGGGACUUACCUGUAGAAGGAUAAAAUGACUUGAAUAUAUAUUGGGGGACUUUGGUUUUUUAAUACAUUAUAUGACAACCUUAUCUUUUUCUCUUUUUUUUUUACUUAAGAGUAUCCUGUCAUUAAUUGAUGUAUAAUAAUAUUGAAAAUUAUUUGAUUAUUUAUCUUUUAUGCUUUAAGAUACUGUAUGAAACCGUACCAUACCUGCUGAUCCACUAUGAAAUUUGCUUGAAUUUUAUUUGAAUCAUCUGUCCAAUCAAAUGUAUUAAAAUGCAGAAUUACAUCUA